AACGUCGAUCAUCCCCCAUCCCGGUCCCACACCUUGACCUCCACCUCCGCCCGUCCCAGCAUCAACCACAAUCCCAGCCGCUGGCUGCCGUCGUCGUCGUGACCCUGGUAUAGAUCUUCCAACGUGCGCCAUCUACCCGCAAUGGACGCGACGACUUUCAGUCAGCAGGAGAGAUGUCGCAUCCUCGAGCUCCCCGCCGAGCUCCGCGUUGCCAUCUACGAACACGCGUUUCCCCCAAAGACCGUCCACGUGUGGGUGGACAAGAACGUCUACCGAUGGCGCAGUUACAUCAAAAAGUCCGCCGUCGCUUUGCUCGCAACUUGCCGACAGAUCGCCGCCGAGGCCACCCCCGUCGUCCACGACAACACCACCGUGCACUUCUCCAUUUGCGAUGAGUUUGAGCGAUUGCUCUCCCGUUAUCAUCGCUUUAGCCCUCUCGAGACAUUUGACACCCGCUCCUUCAAUCACGUUCGCAAAGUCCACCUCUCCCUCCACACCCUUGCCGAUCCCAUCUACGACCUUCUCCUUGACCACAUCCGAGGCUUGCUGGCGCGGCUGAGCUUCUGUGUUGACAUUCGAUCCAUCGAGGUCCAUUUCGAAUUCUGGACCAAUAUCACGGAUGCCAAUUUAUUCGCCAUCUACGACACGCUGUCCGACAUUCAAUUCAGCCGGCCGGUGGAGAUCGGGACGCCUGCAGCAGGCUCGUGGACGGUAUUGUACACCACAAAGUGCUUCACGUCCUGCCUCCGACAAAUCAGAGACGACGUGCAUGCCAAGCGCGAAGGGCUGCCCCUCUGGAUGCAGAACGACCACGUCGGUGCAUUUGUCGGUCCGCGAGACCUCAUCAUCUCGAGUCAGAUCCGAUAGUCGGGACAUGUAGGGGUGGCAGGGACAUGUUUGAGUGCGAGACGCGGCGCGUUGGCACGCAUGUUGAUUCAUCGCUCAGUACGUAAAUUCGUA